AUGCCGAACUGCCUCAUGAGAACUCUUGAGGACCUAUGGAAGACCAUAGCAGCAAGCAAGAAUGCGCUCCUCGAGCCCAUCAAACACACCGACAUCAACACGGUCGAGCAAGCCAUUUUUGGGCCGCAUUCAAGUCUGUUUGCCCCGGCAUUCUACGCAUGUCUUCUUCUCCAAGCCCAAGACAUCAUGAAGAACGGCGUGUUCAACCCACGCGAUUUUGUGACACGCUUGCCUGAAAUCAAUUCUAAGGACCACUCCAGCACUGCGGGCUGUUACUUAUGGGUCUACGCUGAUAUCAAGGAGACCAAGGUCAAAUUGAUCCUCCACGAUCCAACUAUCACGGAUGCAGUCUAUCCGGGUCAGAGCGGCGACAUGUAUGAUCGCAGGUACCGACAUGAGCGGUUUUUGAAGGGAGAACUCGACUCAAAGAGCAACCAUUACAGAGUCGGGAAGGGAGCCCAGAGAAGGGCUAUGGUUCCCUUCCUCCUCGUCAACUACAAAGACAACAGUGUGAAGAAGGCCCUUGAUGCCAUUGGCCUGGCCAGGUUCCUCGACGUUCUGGAGUUGACUCUGGUGUGCCUGUUUCAAUCUUGGUACCCUAUUCUCAUCCACGACGACCCGGCGCAGCCCUUGAAGCGAGAACUGGCAGCCGGUAGUCUUCGGGAAAUCCAGUAUGCCAAGAUCCUGAACGGCAUCAUGGUCAAGGUACGGGGUCGUACCGGGUGGGCUCCCCGGCGAACAGUCGGAUUGAGCUGGCUCACACCGGUUUUCAGUCAAAUCAACUCUGACCGAACAAUAAUGUACUGGUACGACUAUAAGCAGAAGGCCUACAUCUUCCGCACACGUCGACCUCUGGUGGCCUCGUCAAAGGAGGCGGGGAGCAACCAGUUGGUGCUGACCAAGGCCCUGAAGCUCGCAGUGCAAAAGGAUGUCAUAAAAGAAGGCAACCUUAAGAAUGGACAGGAGCUUCAUAUCCAGUUCAGAAUUGGGUAUGACCGGGAUGCAGGCAGGUACACCAAAGUCGUGGCACCGUAUGUGAGAAUGCCAGCAGUCACGAGGAACAUGGAGUUCCUCAAACUUCUCUCUUUGUCGAUCCAGAUCCAGUGGGCCGACCGGGAGACUGGAGUCUGGAAGGCGGCCAUUCUUCAACGAACAAAAAUGCUGGAGUUUGACAAGGAGGCGAACGAAUUAAACGCGGUCACUUUCGGCAUGCGUCUCUCGGUCUUGCUCACGCGAACUCACUACAUGAAUGCCCAGGUACCUAUUCCGGCCUGGGUCCGCGACGUAUCUGGGGUGGGUAGAUACGAUGUGAAGGAAGUCUUCUACGAUCAUCUUCGACAGCAGUACUGUGUUCGUCCAGCACAAGUACAGAAUGUUCUCUGGCCGCCACAUCUUGAUGACCUGUCGAGGCGGUUCAUGCAGGAGCGCUUGGUUCAUGGUCUUUCAAGGGUCAAUGGUAACCCGAAGAUCGCCAUCGGUACUAAGCCGAAGGACCUCCCCAAGUGGCGGAUGAACUGCGACUGCUGCAUUUCACUGAAUGAUAGUGCGCCGUGCAAACCUAUUGAAGACGGCUCCCUCUGCGAGACCUGCAAGAAAUUUGGCCUACCACAGUGCACAUGGACAUAUGCGCACACUACCAAGAUUGGGGCGACGGACUGGUUGAAAACCACGGGCAAAUUGAGCGACCUGGGGGUUUCGACUUUUGUUCCGAGGUAUGCCAAUCAGCGUGUUGAGGUACUGGCCUCUGCCCCCUACGAUGCGGAAGCCGAGAUGUCUGCAGCACAGGAGUCCAGCGAGCACGACUGA